AUGAGGAAUCACCCUGAAAGCAAGACUUGUGAAGUGUACUUCGUCUCCGGGCAUGGACUUUCAGGCUGCUCCACUGCACAGGGAGAAGGGGAGCUGAAGGAGCCCACCCAGUCACUGAGCCCCCCCACGAAGCCAGAGGAGAGGCUGGAGGGGGGGCGAGCUCCAGCCUGUGGCUCCUGGAGGAGAUGGAUGUUAGGAUUUCUGCCUUUCUUUCCCUUCACUGUUGCCAUUGCACUCACCCUCCACUUCUUAACAUCUCCGCCCCCCUCAGUGUUCUUCCUUGGAGGCAGCGUGGAGUUUCCAAACUUGAGCUUCACUCCAGAGCUGACUGACUCCACCUCCCCUCAGUUCCGCCUGCAGGCUCAGGCUUUGAACCAUUAUUUCUUAGAGCUGUACGAGUCCUCAGAAUGGAGCUCUUACUACCUGAACUCAGGGAUUACUGCCUUCAGUGAAGGAGCAGAAGGGCUAAACGUCUUCUACUGGAGUAAAUUCUCCGCCCCACAAGAUGUCGCCAUGUCAUUGCAGGGGUCCAGCCCAGAGAAGCUGCAGCGCAGGCUACCUGGCAGCAACAAGGUGCUGCGGGACAGCCGCUAUGAGCAGCGGUAUUACAUGGAGCGAGAUGAUGACAUGCUCCACCUGCUGGGCUUGGACCCUGAUGACUUUGAGUCAGAGGAAAAAUCAGACAAGAGUAAGAAUCCAAACAGCAUCCAGAGUGGAAAGUGGCAGCUUGGAUUUCAAGCGAUGUCUUUUGACCUCUAUGCCAAAUACGGCUACAACCGCACCCUGAGCCUUGUGAGUCCCAAGAAGCCGUACUAUCAGUGGCGCCUUCGUGUGCCAUCUGGCCAUGUGGUUCGACUGGUGGUCCUCACCCUGCACGGUGCCACUCCAGGGAGCUGCACUGCCCACAAGCUGUCAGCCUAUGACUUCUUAUUGCCUUUACAGAACAAGAUCAUUGCAAGGUGGUGUGGACUUCCUGUUUCGGGUUCCUCGCCUGUCAUGAAGCUGACUUCCUCUGGGAAUGUGAUGUUGGUCACCUUCUCCUUCAGCAGACAGAGGGAUGGAGCCAUCUUCAAGGCAUACUUUCAAGCUAUUCCAAAAGCAGGCUGUGGAGGGACGGUAACCUCCUGGAAUGGCUCAAUUGCCUCACCCUACUAUCCUGCUUAUUAUCCUCCUAAUAUUGACUGCACCUGGACUGUCCGGGCACCAUUGCCUGGAUACCUGAUUUCAGUUACUAUUGUGGUGAUGGAUAUACAAGAUGCUUCAUCAGACGGCUGUGAGAAAGACUGGCUGGACAUUGGAGGGAUCAAACUGUGUAAUCCAGUGUCAGACAGCAGCAAAAAGAGAGUCUACUCCUCUCCGGUCUCCCUCCACUUCCAUUCAGAUGAAUCCCUCACUCACAAGGGCUUCUACCUGCUCUACCGAGCAUUUUCUCCAGAGGGCACCUGUCCUCGCCAGUUUCGGUGUGGAGAUGGGCGCUGUAUUCCUCUCAGGAAGGUGUGUGAUGGAACAAAAGACUGCUCUGAUGGACGGGAUGAGGCUAGAUGCUCGUCCUGCAGGCCAGGUGAAGUGUUGUGUGGGAACGGACAGUGUAAGCCUCAUAGUAGCCAGUGUGUGAGCCAGAGCACCUGCCAGGACAGCAGUGAGGAGGGCACCUGUGGAGGUAAAUGUUACCACGUGUGUCCCAACAAAGUCUGCCUGCCAAAGUCAUCCAUGUGUGAUGGUGUAGUUGACUGCAAAGACCGCAGCGAUGAGUUCAACUGUACAAGAGCCUAUGUUAAAGGCUGCUCUUCAUCUUCAUAUAAAUGUGGCAAUGGAAAGUGUGUAAGUAAGGUUAACCCUGAGUGUGACGGAGUCAAAGACUGCUUUGAUGGCUCUGAUGAACUGCGCUGUGGCUGUGGCACCAGGCCCAGGAAGCGGACUAAGAUAGUGGGUGGUUCUGAUGCAGGGGCAGGGUCAUGGCCGUGGCAGGUCAGCCUCCAAAUGGAUCGUUACGGACACGUCUGUGGAGCAACGCUGGUCGCCAGCCGCUGGCUUAUCUCUGCGGCUCACUGCUUCCAAGACUCAGACACGAUUAAAUACUCGGAUGCCCGAGCAUGGCGAGCCUACAUGGGAAUGCGUAUGAUGACAACAGGAAACAACGGAGCAGCGACAAGACCUAUCCGCCGCAUCCUAAUCCACCCGCAGUACGACCAGUUCACCUCCGACUAUGACAUUGCACUUCUUGAGCUCAGCGCUCCUGUCUUCUUCAGCGACUUGGUUCAGCCCGUGUGUGUCCCAGCAUCCUCUCACACCUUCACGACAGGGACUAACUGCUAUGUCACAGGCUGGGGGGUCCUCAUGGAGGACGGUGAACUGGCUUCCCGCUUACAAGAAGCGCCAGUGAAGAUCAUCAACAGGAACACUUGUAACAAGCUGUAUGAUGACGCUGUCACUCCCAGAAUGCUUUGUGCUGGGAAUCUUCAGGGAGGGGUGGACGCCUGCCAGGGCGACUCAGGAGGUCCGUUGGUGUGUCUGGAGCGAGGCAGGCGGUGGUUCCUGGCAGGGAUUGUGAGCUGGGGUGAGGGCUGCGCUAGACUUAAUCGUCCCGGCGUCUAUACACAGGUAGUCAAAUUCACGGACUGGAUCCAUCAGCAGACGAAAGGACAGGUGUGA